CCGAUCGAUUGGGUGACAAGCCAAAUUGUAUAGUGUGUAGACCCUUUAUAAUAAGUUGGAAGAUGAUAUAAACGAAAUUAUAAAACUUAAAGAACUGCAAAUAACCCAAGUCUGUAAUAAAUUCACAGAAUGAAUUGCAAAUUUAAUUGUAAUUUGUGAUUGGAGUGGUUAAAAAUUAGAUACAGAAAGGAAGACAAGCAGAAUAUAACACGAGUGUACGGACGCCGAGGUAAAAAACGCACGUGAAGUGCGAUGCGUAUUUGAUAACUAAUUACAACCUACAGCGCGGCGCGGCGCGUCGUAACCCACGUUGUCAGAGACACAAUUUCUAACGAUAAAGACAUUGAUUUGAUAAUUUAUUAAAUAAACGUCGCACGUUACGCGGUCAACGAUAGGGAGAUCGUUUAGUCUCGGUCUCUCGUGCGAAUGAAAUCAACGGUAACUCUUGAAGAAGUAGUGAAUAAAUUAGACAACCCCGCGCUUCCAUUAACUACCAGGAUGCCGAACAUCAAAGUUUUCAGUGGAAGUUCACACCCGGACCUGGCGCAAAAAAUUGUGGACCGGCUCGGCAUAGAUUUAGGAAAAGUUGUGACGAAAAAAUUUAGCAACAUGGAAACGUGCGUUGAAAUAGGCGAAUCUGUGCGCGGUGAAGAUGUCUAUAUAGUUCAGAGCGGCAGCGGUGAAAUCAACGACAACUUGAUGGAGCUUUUAAUUAUGAUAAAUGCAUGCAAAAUUGCAUCUGCGUCGCGAGUGACCGCCGUCAUUCCGUGCUUCCCUUAUGCGCGACAGGACAAAAAGGACAAAAGUAGAGCUCCAAUUACCGCCAAACUCGUUGCCAACAUUCUGUCGGUGUCGGGUGCCGAUCACAUCAUUACAAUGGACCUCCAUGCUUCCCAAAUACAAGGUUUUUUCGACAUACCCGUGGAUAACCUCUUUGCAGAGCCAGCCGUGUUGAAAUGGAUAAAAGAAAACAUUCCAGACUGGAAAACAAGUAUUGUUGUGUCUCCUGAUGCUGGUGGUGCUAAAAGAGUCACAUCCAUUGCAGACCGUUUGAAUGUAGAAUUUGCGCUCAUCCAUAAAGAAAGGAAAAAAGCCAAUGAAGUGGCCUGUAUGGUUUUAGUAGGUGAUGUAAAGGACCGUACAGCAAUCUUGGUUGAUGAUAUGGCAGAUACAUGUGGUACCAUCUGUCAUGCUGCAGAGAAGUUAAUUGAAGCUGGUGCUAUUAAAGUGUAUGCUAUUCUUACUCAUGGUAUAUUCUCAGGUCCAGCGAUUUCGAGGAUCAACAAUGCAUGUUUAGAGGCAGUUGUUGUAACAAACACAAUCCCACAAGAGAGGCACAUGCAGGAGUGCCCCAAAAUCCAGUGCAUUGAUGUAUCAAUGAUGUUAGCCGAGGCUGUGAGACGCACCCACAAUGGGGAAUCCGUAUCAUAUCUAUUCUCUAAUGUUCCAUACUAGUUUAAUUUUAUACUUUUUAUUUUACUUGCACAUUUGUUUAUGUUUAAAAAAGAUACUAACAAAAGAUUACAUAUGAAAAGGUGAUAAAUGUAACAUUGUUUAAUGGAGUGUUAAGAGAUAAUUCUAUUGUUGAUAUAAAUGAAGUUUAAAUUGUGAUGUAACUAUAAAUUUUACUGAAACUAGGUAUUGAUAUUUUGUAAUUUUACACACUUCUUAAUACUUGCAAAUUAACUGUUAACAAUUGAUUUUGUUUGUUAAAUUUCAUAUGAACUUUAUAUUUUUAAGUUGAUAAUUAUAAUUUGGCAAUAACUUUAUUGCCAUGGUAACAAAAUAACUUACUGAUGGCAUGUGUAGUAUGAAAGGUGAUAAGAAUAUAUACUCAAAUAAAUGUAAAACAUCCAUUAAUAUAGUGGUAAAUCUUAUGUUCUCAGGAAAUAAUUCUACUUAAAGCAAAGAUGACAAACAUAUAUAAACAAUUCUAAUAGUUUUUAGAUGUUUAGCAAUUUAUACAGCCACUAUUAAUUAA